UUGAGUACGAGCACAAGUUCGGCAGCAAUUGAAUCUAACGCCGUUCUAUUGUAUCUCUUCACAUUCGUUGUUGAGUUCUCUUUGUUGUUGUUGUUGUUGUUGUUGCUCUUCAUCUCAAUGCUCGUCAGUAGAGUCUCCACUUCAUUUGCCCUUUCCUUCUUUGCCUCAUUUACUCGUCCACUGCGACCAUUCACUUGUAACACAGUCUCUUCUACCUCGCGAUACCGUCUCGAAGCUGCAGCGACCAUUUCGACCAUGUCAAUCCCCCAGAACGACGCCAGCGAGGCCUCAGCAUUAGGCCUCAUCGACGCAGAAAACGACAGCGUCGUCAAAAGGGCCAUCGCCGAGGAUCAGACCCAGGGUCAAGCUGCAGGAGAAAGCGCUGCUAAGAGGAGCAGGACUAAGAUUGAUGCUGAGGAUACAUCGUCCUACCUCGGGCCGAAACGUGACAAGGUUCGCGGCAACAUCCGUGGUGCCGACAACUACAAAGGAAAGAGAAGCGGUCCUUGGGGACCUGGAACUCGCAACGCUGAGGAAGCCGCCAAGGCUGCAGCUGUAGAAUCGGGCGAAUCCACACCAACAACAACGGACAACAAUGAAGAAAAGGAGGCGCGUAUACCGAAGCGUAAAGUUGCGCUGCUCAUAGGAUACUGUGGGACGGGGUAUCAGGGCAUGCAAGUUAACCCGAACGCCAAGACGAUUGAAGGGGAUCUCUUCAAGGCCAUGGUUCAGGCUGGAGCAGUAUCAAAAGACAACUCGGACGAUAUUAAAAAGGUUAGCAUGAUGCGAUCCGCUAGAACUGACAAGGGUGUCCAUGCUGCUGGAAAUGUGGUCUCGCUCAAGAUGAUUGUUGACGUUGAGGAUAUCAUUGGCAAGAUUAACACCUACUUGCCGGAGCAAAUUCGAAUCUUUGGGUAUGUCCGCACGAUCAACUCGUUCAACGCCAAGGUGCUGUGCGAUUCGCGUGUUUACGAGUAUCUCUUGCCGACAUACGUGUUCUUACCUCGACCACCCCUUCCAGAACGGACUGGACCACCAAAGGAGACCAUUAUGAGGGAAAGCGCGCCAGAGGGCAGCAUGGCUUGGGAUGAGAGCGUUCACAUUUCGACACCGGAGGAAAUGGCAGAGAAGAGAAAGUACCGUAUUGAUGAGGCGACGCUGGCCAAGGUGCGCGAGGGCUUUGCUGGGUACAUUGGCACCAAGAAUUUUCAUAACUUUACGAUCGGAAAGAACUUUAAGGAAAAGAGCUGCCAGCGUUUCAUUAUGAAGUUUGAUGUGAGCGAUCCAAAAAUGAUCCAGGGCACGGAAUGGCUUAGCUUGAAAGUCCACGGUCAGUCUUUCAUGCUUCAUCAAAUCCGCAAGAUGGUGGGCUUGAUUGUCAUGAUUAUUCGGACAGAUACGCCCUUGAAGCUCAUUCCCGAGACGUUUAAGGAGAACAAGAUUAAUAUUCCCAAGGCACCUAGUCUUGGACUCCUGCUUGAGAGGCCUAUGUUCACCACUUAUAACCGCAAGGUGGAGGGCAAGAACCAGCCCUUGGACUUUGAGCCAUAUCAGGAGGAGAUGGAGGCCUUCAAGGAAAAGCAUAUUUACGAGGGCAUUAUCAAGGAGGAGCUUGACUUUAACCGAUUCGACGAAUAUCUGCAGAUCUUGGAUGGCAAUGCGGACAGGUACAACUUUGGCUAUCUGAACAAGGAUGGAAUCAUCCCUGAGGACGCGAUUAUCAAACGAGGCGAUACUCUCGAGGCUGUCGACUCGGAUGGGGACUCUGAUGAAUCAUCCUAGUGGUAUGGCAGCUAGGGGAACGUUGCUGAAAAAUGCCCACGUUUUGAAUUAAAAAAUAUAAUCGCGAUGGGAAACGGCCCAACCUGUCCCUUGCUUUCCAUUGCCGAUUUGGAGUCCGCUUGUAAAUAUGCAACACGAAGACUCGGCGUGGCUCCCAUUCCUGGGACGGGUACCCGUGCUCUCCUGGACACGAGCAUAUUGAUUAAAAAAAAC